AUGAGCGCGUUGUCUCUGACCGUGUCGCGUCGAUUGAUGCAGGUUGGAAGAAGACCGUCGGAGACGGGAGCGGAGGGAGAUCGGGUACUCUCCCGCGAGAAAUUCCGGGCGUCGCUGCCACCGCGCCACGAGGAAGGACGACCGUGCGCCGCGGAGGGAGCUCCGGCUACGCCUCUGCAGGGUCCCAGGCUUCGCGGGCGUCCAGGGGCUCUUCGACUAGUGCUUCCCAUAGCGGCGGCGGCGGCGGCGGCGGUGGUGGUGGCGGUAUUGGCGGAGGUACGAAAUACUCAGCCUCCGGUAGAUUCGAAGCAACCCCGAACGGUAGCCGCAGGGCGGGGGCAGGGCGGCCCUCUUCUCGGGCAGACAGCAGGGGGAGGUGGGGAGCAUCCCCUUCUAGAAGUGUUGGCGAGCGGCAUGGCGGCGGCGGCGAUGCCAGGGCGACCGGAGGUCGGGAUAGAGGGGGCCCCGGCGAUUGUUGACAGUCCCGGGGGAGGUACCCCCGGUAGUGGGAGGGGCGGCAGCCGAGCCGGCGCAGGGGGCUUCCUAAGACUAGUCAGGGACUCCGGCAAUUCCUCCGCCGCGACUUUGUCGACGUCUGGCCGAGGCGAGGAGGACGUUGCCGGCGGGGGGUGGAGGCGGCGCCGGCGCCGGCGAGAUCGGUGGGACGACGACGGGGACGGGGACGGGGACGGGGACGGGGACGGGGACGGGGACGGUGACCGCGACUCCGGGGUAGAGCAGGGGCUGCACCGGCGGGAAGAGGAAGAAGGGUGGCAACACCGGGAAGAAGGUCGUGGUGCUGGCGACGACGGGCAUCGGCGCAAGGAGGAUGAAGAGGAAGCAGUGACAAGGCCUACUCGGGGGGGCGGGACUGUUGUCAGAAAGGGAGGAGGAAGGGCAGGGGCGGGAUGGGGGGGGCUCGCGAGCAGCUCCGGGGCGGGGGUGGGGGUGGGGGGGGGCUCGUGCUCCUCGUCCAUGAGGUCUUCGGCGGCGUCGUCGGCGACGCGGCUGCUUCGGAGGGUGGAGCUCAGGACGCCUGCUGAGGAGGAGGAGGCAGAGGCUGUCCGGAAGUCGCAGGAGCUGACCUCGUCGUACAACGCGCCUGUACGAGAAAGCAAGAGCGCUGCUAGCCCCAGAAACUACCGGCACGUGAGCGGCAGUGGCGGUGCUCUGGUCGGACGAAUGAGAGGAGGAAACGACCCUGACCAUCAUUACCCCGGGGUGGCCGCGGGAGGGGUCCGAGCAACCGAAAGGACGGGGCAAGAAGAAGGGCGGCGGCGCGCCUUCUUUUCGGCGUCGUCGUCGUCUUCGAUACAACAACAGCAGGAAGAGCCCAGAUUACCCGGUGCUGCUAGCGACGCCCUAGCAGGCGGCGGCGGCCAAGACCCCCCGGAGCCGCCGAGCUUCGCCGCCGUCGACGGCGGCGGCGGCGGCGACGGCGAGAUGGAAGCCGGGCGGGAGAUUUCCGACAUCGACCGGCGUCUCGGCGAGCUGCACGAGUUUCUCAAGAGGGCUAAGGAGGGAGGAGGUGUAGGGGCGGCGCUUCCCCUGCCCUUGCCGCCGCCCCCACCGUCGGAGGUUGGUGCGGAGGCGGCAACGGAGGCGUCCGCCUCUUCCGCGGCUGUCUGA